CCGAGCAGACCGGGAAUAUUUUGAAAGUAGUAAUAGGGUGUGUGCUGCUGUUCCGGUUGUGUUUGUGUCACUUGGCUCUAAUGCUUCUGAAGAUCUAUUGUUAAUAUCUUUAAACACGCAUUUUUAAAACAAAUAAAAACUCUUCAUGGAGCAGGAAUCUCUGGAAAGCACGUCGGGGGGAAGGACAGAGUCUGUAAACUCGAUGAUAUCGGACUCGGACGCGCUGGUGGCAGAUGUGUCGUCGUUCGUUAACGUUGAGCUCGACGACGAGGAAAACAAUAAUAACGGCAUACACGCACAUGAUCAUUAUGCCCCAGCCAUAACUCAAGCUCUUUUUCAGAAUGAUGAGGAGGAUGAAGAUGGGAGUAGUGAAAGUGAUGAAGAUGACGACAGUGGCACAGACAACUUCAACAGUGACAAGUCAGGGACGAAGCUGCAGCGACGUGAGCGUCAUGCAGGAGAGACUUCAAGUCUUCCUGGUACAUUUCAGACGAGCCACCUGCUGUUCUAUGAGAGGUUCAAGGCAUAUCAGGACUACAUGCUUGGAGACUGUAAGCCUUCUGAGGUAAAGGCCUUCAUAUCAGACUACCUGGAGAAGGUGGUGGAGCCGUGUGAUUGGCUCGCUGUGUGGUCUACUGAUGUCUUUGAUGUUCUGGUGGAGGUAUGUGAUCUGGAUCUAAAGGAUCUGAAGGCAUGUGUGAAGACAGUGCUGCCACUGCAGUGUGACACUAGAGGCUGUGACCUCACUGAAGAGGCCAUGAACUCUGUGCUAGAAGCCAACCAGCACAAAGUGUCACUGCAGGAGCUGCAGGUAGUCUACGACGAGUCUGGGGAAGUUGAUCAGACCGCCCUCGCUCUGGAGCACCUCAGCUUUUUCUUUAAUCACAUCUGGAGGCAGUGGGAUGAGGAAGAUGAAGACGAUGACUUUGACUACUUUGUUCGUUGUGUCGAGCCUCGCCUCAGACUCUACUACGACAUCCUAGAAGACCGAGUUCCAACAGGCCUGGUGGCAGAAUACCAAUCAUUAUUGGAGAAAUGCUCUCAGUGCUUCCAGCUGUUCUCUGCACUUCGUAGUGGCCUUAGCACUGACUCCGACUCCGAGCUGGACAACGUGUCCAUGGUGGAGGGACUAAAGCUCUACGACCAGCUGGAGAGAUUUAAGCGUAAACUGCACAUCAUUGAGAACCCCCUAUUGAGGUAUGUGCUGGGCUACAAAGGUAAUGCCAGGCAGCAGUGUGUGCAGAGUCGUGGACUCAGAACCACUGGUGUGAAGGUGGUUCAUGUCGUCACAUCGUCCUGCAGCACCAUCCAGCUUCAGUCCCUCCUCAAUACCAGACUACUGCCUCUGUGCUCCAAUGGGGAAACAGAGAUACAGUUUCACAGAGAGCCAGUAUCAGCAGUGGACUCGUGUCAUCAAGGUGACGUGGUUCUUGUUCUCCCAGGAAUCUACAGUGUCAAUAGCACCAUCUUCAUACCAGACUCCAUCACUGUAGAAGGCUUUGGUUUUCCCGAUGACGUGGUGAUUGAGAAGAAAAACAAGGGGGACUCGUUUGUCGAAUCCACGGGAGCUGAUGUCAAACUGUCCAACAUCAAGUUUAUCCAACAUGACGCCAUCGAAGGCAUUCUUUGUAUCCGCCAGGGAACUCUGAACAUGGAGAACUGUGUGCUGCAGUGCGAGACCACCGGAGUCAUCGUCCGGACAUCGGCCUGUUUAAACAUGAACAUGUGCGACCUGUACGGAUCCAAGGGGGCUGGUGUGGAGAUUUACCCCGGCAGCGUUUGCAGUCUGAUCAGCAACGGCAUCCAUCACUGCAAGGAUGGGGUCCUAAUCAAGGACUUUGCCGACGAGCUCGAUGUGUUGCCGUCCAUCACCAUGGAGAACAAUGUGAUCCACAACAAUGAGGGCUAUGGAGUGAUUGUGGUGAAGCCCAACACAGGGCAACAAGAGAAGGUUCCUGUGGACGGAAGUGAAGAACAACCUGCAAAAGACUCCACUGGAGGUGCAGCUGAAGAUGAAGAGCUGGGAGGAGAUUCUGUCCCUGUCAGUGUUGCCACCACAUCAUCAUCAUCAUCAAUGAGCCCAACCUCCAGCUCUGCAGCUGCUGAGUCAAAGUCCACAGAGAAUAACAACAACAGCGGCAGCAGCACAGAAGGUGACGUGGCCUCGGGCAGGAAGUGGCAGAUAAGUCGUCAGCUGAGCAGAAACAAAGAGACCUGCAGCCGAGCCGUCCAGGAUCUGACGGACCACGAGAUCUUCAUCUCCGUUCAAGGAAAUCAGUUCAAGCGCAACGGCAUGGGUGACUUUGGCACCUUUUACUACUGAAGACAAUAUUUUAACAUCAACAGUUUUCUGCCUAGUUAUGAUUUCCUUACAGCUUCGUAUUUUAACUGAUUACCUGGGACAUGUAAUACAUUCUGCUGCUUCACAUCACAGAUGGAUGAUGCGUCUGUUUGUACCUGCGGCACUGAAUUGAACUUUUAUCUUAUUUAUUUCUCUGGGCUUUUUUAAAAGAAAGAAAUAACGCAUACAUAGAUGGAAAUCUGGUGACUUUUGGUGGUAUGACUAAAAUUCUACUAAAUGUGAUAUCAAAGGUCGUGGCACUUGCACAGUAAUAAUUUAAUUUUACCACGAGUUAAAUGUGAUUUUGCACAUGGUGCCUUAAGGUUUGUUUUUUUAGGUUUCAUUGUUUGUGUUUUAAGUCCGGAGGUCGCUCUGAAAGUUAGACGUCUGAUGAAACUGAAAGUUGAUAUUUUAGAUUUAGACUGAGAAUAGGGACGAGGUGGCUUUCAGUUUGUGGAAAUGUUAAAAGGAUCUUUCAGGUUUUGGAGGUGGUGUUUGAAUGGAGUUCAUAGUAUUUGCCGCCUGAGCUGUCACCGUCUGUUGCUGCAAAGGCACAUUCACUCUCACAGAAAUAAGAAAAACUAAUUUUAACCACUUGAUAAAAGGCUUACCAAAUAAAAUCUACAAUAUCUUAUGUAUUUGAAAGUUUGUGUCACUUUGAUAAAUGGGGAGGAAGGAUUUCCAACACAGAACUCUUAAAAUACUAGCAUGAAUUUACACAUGGAGGUGUCAGUAGACCGUGUCCCUCUGAGCUAAAAUCACUGAUUUUCUGUAUGGACUUUGGUGUGGCAAAGCAGUUAACACAGCUACCAAGAUAUUGUAGACUUAAACUGGGGUAGAUUUUAUAAAGGCAGCACUAAUUCAUGUGGCCAAUGUUUGUUUUACCUCAUGUCAAGUGUCCAAGGGCUGACUAUGUGUCUGUACCGUAUAAGUAUGGGUAACCGGUCUGUAAAGGGGGACAUUUAUUAUAUUCAUUGUUUAAACCAACUCGGAAAAUGUCUUAGUUCUGACUUAAUUUGCUCCACAAACUCAAAUAAAAAUGUUUGGAAAAAACAACAAA